UACAGCAUACAGUACAGAAAAUGCGCCAAUGUAUAUAGUAUAGCUGGGAUAUCUUUACCUGUGUAUCAGUAGAACGUGCUUUACAAAUGGCGUUUCUUCGCAAUAAAUGUAAAUUCACAGGAUUAUGUAGAUGAAAAGCGAAGUUUUUUGCCAACUGUAAGGCACUGUUCAUACAUUUACAAUACUGAACAUGAAUAAAUUAAUGGAAACAAACGAUAUUUACAUAACAAAGGUUAUAACAAGCUUUUGAAUAGUUAAACGAAUGCAACAUUUGUUGAAACAUUUGCGGAUUUACCUGUACAAACAAGUUAACAAUAAGCCAGACAACAUAUUGAAGGAAAUGACACCGGGAUAUGACUGGAUUGUAUUGAAAGAGAUUCAUAAAUGUGGGAUAAUAUAUUAUUUAUAAUACAAAAAGAUCUGUCGAUCACAGGUAUAUCAAAACCUAUGCAAGAUGUUUCUUGUUAAAUAUCUACUGUCUGAAUCUAUUUUUUUAAAAAGGAGUACAAUUGGUAUUACUGCAUGACAUUCAUACAGAAGAGCAAACACUUUAUUUGUAAGCUUGUUGGCACAAAUGGAUGCGUGUUGAUUUAACCUCAGUGGAAAGUGACAGCAUUUCAAUUACACCGUUUACCUUUUAGUAUCACAAGUUGAGUGCGUUUUAAACAGGGAGCAUAACGAUCAGAUAAAGGUUGGACCUAUUUUGGACGGGACCAUGCACUAUGACUGCUAUGUGGCCUUUUCAGUGUUGUUGUUUUUGUAUAUUGUUGCUGCUAAAUGCUGUAUAUGCCCUCGAAUGUGAUCCUACAAAGAUAAAAGGUGAAAUGACUCAACAGUUGAAGUACGAAUGUUUGGUGCAAACUCUGUUUGAUCCCUCCAAGUACAGCCCUCUUGUACGACCCGUGGCAAAUAUCAGUGAGCCGUUGAAUGUGGACUUUAGUAUACAGCUGAGUCAAAUAAUUACUUUGGAUGAGAAGAAUCAGGUCAUGAAAACCAAUGUGUGGCUACAGCUGUACUGGGUUGACUAUCAGCUAAGGUGGAGUGAUAGCCAGGUGUACCAGGAAAUUGGGGUCGUGAGAAUAAGACCAGAGCUCGUAUGGAGACCAGAUGUCGUGCUCUUUAAUAAUGCUGACGGUAACUACGAAGUUUCCUAUAUGUCAAAUUGUCUCGUAUACCAAGACGGUUAUAUAAAUUGGAUUCCACCAGCUAUUUACAAGAGCUCUUGCAAGAUCGACGUGCAGUACUUCCCCUUUGAUGAACAAUUAUGUGAUAUGAAAUUCGGAUCUUGGACAUUUCUUGAUGACCAGCUGAAUUUUUCCUUUUACAAAGGCGUUUCCCAUUUUGACGUAAGUGAUUACCUGGAGAAUGGAGCUUGGGAUAUUGUUGAAGGUGAUGCCGAAAUUACAAAGACAUCUACUGGAAGGACUAACGAAUACAAAGCUAUGGUGAUAUUCAGACUGAGAUUAAGGCGGAAAACACUGUUUUAUACAGUGAAUCUUAUUAUUCCAUGUGUGUUAAUUUCGUUUGUGACAUUAUCUGUUUUUAUUUUACCGGCUGAUGCAGGAGAGAAGAUAACUCUGUGUAUAUCCAUUCUCCUAGCUUUAGUCGUGUUCUUGCUGCUUAUUUCAAAAAUUCUUCCACCAUCAUUAACAAUUCCAUUGAUAUCACAAUAUCUCCUAUUCACGUUUAUAAUGAAUAUAUUAGCGAUCGUUAGCACAGUGAUUGUUAUAAACAGGAAUUACAGGACGCCAAGAACUCACCAAAUGCCUUAUUGGAUUAGGUUAGUGUUUUUGAAUUUUCUUCCAAGAGUUAUGUUUAUGAAAAGACCAGAUCAUGACCAAAGGUGGAAUGAUACAUCCGAUGACAAGGAAGACACCCAGCCAAAAAGACAUGUUAAUCGGGACCCAGAUUUAACUCGAAUUACGACACAAAAUUGUGUGUCACAAGGACAAAACAUAGAACUUUCUCAAGGCUUGGGUGCGGGACAAAUUGAGAACUUGAUAGAAACUCACCAUGCAAAUUGUCGACUCAAUGCUACUUCUCAGGGUGAUGAUGAUCCGACACCUACCACCGAGACAUCAUUUAUGAACAGGUCCUUGAUACCAGUAUCACGAGAAAUCUACAAUGCAGCAGAAUCGGUUAAGUUCAUCCACAGGCAUCUGAAGAAAGACGACGAAUACCAUACUGUGAUAGAUGACUGGCGGUAUGUAGCGAGGGUCAUUGAUCGUUUAUUACUAACCAUCUUCUUCGUUGUCACUGUUUUUGGAAGCCUUGGCAUAUUCAUGAAAGCUCCUCACAUCUUGCAGACUGUUAACCAGAAUGAAAUCCUUUCUGAAAUGAACGCUGCAUGGGAUGCAGUGAAGUCAUCAUAAACAGUGUUCAUUUGCGCAUCAGAUCUUAUACAGUAUUUUGUAUAAAACGACAUGGUUUAAACAGAUCACAACGACAAGACAGGCUGUUAUUACAGUUGUACAGAUAAAAGUUUAAGAUAGUUUUGAAACUCACGUGUUUUCUUCGUUGUACUGAAGUAAAAAGUAUUGGAUUUAUAAAAAGUUUUAUUAGACAUGUAUGUCGAUGAGAUAUGAUAUCUUACGACUGGACAUAAUAUUGAAGCUAUGCAUUCGAGACAGUUUGUGUUUUUAGAUUACCAGUUUUGGAAACAAAUAUGUUUGAAGCACACUUAUAAUGUUAUACUUUUUAAAGUAUUAUUUUUGCACUAUAUUAUGAUUACAUUUUUUUUAUUGGAUUGAUAUGUUUACGCAAGAAUAUCUAGAUACAGUAGAAGAAUAGUACUAUAUUGAUAGUAGUAUCUAAAUGUUGUGCCAAAAUAAUUAUAAGAAAAUGUGUUUGGUGCCUUUAAAGUAAUAACGAAAUAACAACACAAAGUAAGUACUAUUUACUUGGCAAAUUAACUUUUAAGAAUACCAGAAUGAAAUGUAAGAUCUAAAAUUAAUUGUAGAAGUUCAUACAACGUUGUAUAAAUAUUUAUAUAUUCUAAAAUUCAUAAUAACAUAAAAAUUAGUUAUUAUGAUGGUAUUAUAGAGGCAGUUUCUUCAGAAUUUCAAAAUUUGGAUCAUUAAUAAAUAGAUAAGAUUUACUGUAUCAUAUGUCACUACCUAACUUAAAAACAUUUUAGUUUUACAUUGUCGAAAAUACGAUACAUGAUAAUGCAUAAAAUAGCUGAACAUUUUAAAUUAACACGGAAAAUUUUACAUGCCUGUACAAGUAGACAAUAGAUCAAGGUAUUUAUUUCUGUAGUCAAUGUGUUGUCACGGCCCAAGAUGUUGCCCAGCUUUUAUACAGAAACUAUGGCUUGGAGACUGUCUGGUCAUAAUAAAACGGUCAUAAAAAUAAUAAUUUAAAAUGUCAAUCUGUUGAAUGAGACUAGCAUUCGUUAGCACCCUAAUUUGUUUUAUCUGUCUGGACACUGACUUGAACCUUAAGCUCAGACAGUUUUUAUGAUUUGUCCAAUGUUUUUUUUUUACAUUGUGACAAGGGUUUUCUGAUGACUUUUAUUUGACCAGAAGGCUUCAUUUAUUUGCUUUGAGUAUACAUGUGAAAUUCUCAAGGUGAGGAUUGCACAAUAUGGGAUACAUUAAAUCUAAUUUAUUUACUAAUGAUCCAAAGUUUGAAAUUCUGAAGAACCUGCCUCUUUUUAUGUUAUUAUGAAUUUUAUUAAUACUUAUAUAAUGUUGCAUAACCUUAUGCAAAUAACUUUAGGCAUUUACAAAUGAAUCAGCUGAAGGUAUGCAGUUAUACGUUAUAAACUUGACGAGUAUGGAAGUAAUAGGUCAUAAACUUGACGGGUAUAGAGUUAUACGUCAUAGAAUAUACAUAUAUGGAGUUAUACGUCAUAAACUUGACGUGUUUUAAGUUUUACGUCAUAAACUUGACGAGUAUGGAGGUAUACGUCAUAAACUUGACGGGUAUGGAGUCAUACGUCAUAGAAUAUACGAAUCUGGAGUUAUACUUGAAGAGUAUGAAGUUAUUCUUCAUAAACUUUAUAGCAAAAAUACUUCUUCUCAGUAUUGAUAGCUGAGGAUUUCCACGAACCAAUCGAAUUUAAGGUGUGUUAAUUUUACACAUAUUAGAGUACAAUCUUCAUGGAAUGUAACGAUAUCAUAUGUCUACACAAUAUUGAUAUUCAUGAUAUUUACUGUUUUCAAAUUUUAGAUAUCAUUUUACAAUUCAUUCCCUAAUUCUAUGAUACCUCAUUUAUAUGUACUUUAUCCAUGUUAUGCUUGUUGCUUACCUGGGAUACAUGAAGCGAUUUUUCAGCCGCUUUGUUUAUCCUGUUUCAAUAUUUUUACGGGAAUAAACACAGCUGACUAUAACUAAGUUACAGGUAUAUUAUUAAACAAAUUGAUAAUAUGUUAGUUUUAUUAAUAGAAAAUGGCAAAAAAUGUAAAAGACUAUAAUAACAAAGAUAAAGUCAUGCGUUGACCAACCUGUCCUUUAGAAGUACAUGUAUAUACACUACUUGUAGCUGUAACAACGCAAAUGGUCAAGUCAAAAUAAGAACUCGUAUAAACGUAGAUGUGCCUAAAUUCAUUCUGAAAGACCGAUAUUGCUGGUCCCGAUUUCACGAAAAUACUUAAAAAAGAACGUUAAUUUGCAUAAGUGUUUACUCUUUUUAAGCAAAUUAGCGUACUUAAAUCAAUUAACAAACUUGAGUAUUUUCUUGAAAUCGGGGCCAUGUCUCAGUCUUAGAGUUAAAUGUAAGUUGUUUUAAUGUAACAAAAUAAGUACACAUAUUGCAAAGCAUAGUACCUUUUCUUACACACAGGACUGACGUUUUCCAGGGGUUUCACCUAUGCCAAUAAAACCCAUUUUGCAUCAACAUGCCAACGCUUAUGCUGUUAAUGGUUUAACAUUUCAUGUACUGAUGAUACAUUGUUUGUAAAAUUCGAGAAAAAUACAUAGCUUCUUAUAUUUUUUCAUGUUGUACUGUGUAGUGGUCCUCUACCAAGAUUGUUUAUGUCAUGACACAGGAGUCAAAAUUGACCCCGACUUGGGGUUCACUUGUUUAACAUACACUUAUACAGGAUAAAGAUCUUUGAAAUGUUCUCUAAAACUGUAAAGCUUUGAGCUUUGAUAAUUGGUAUGUAACUUUAUGUAGUGGUCCUAUAUCAGAUCUGUUCAAUUCAUGCCCCCGGGAAUAAAAAUUGGCUACGCCUAUAUGGGUUACGUGUUUUAUUUAGACUUAUGUCAGAAAAUAACUUAAAAUUUUGUUUUGUCUAAAACCUCAAUGCUUAGAGCUUUGAUAUUUGGCAUUUUAUACCAAGUUUGUUGCAAUCAUACCACUAGAGUUGAAAUUGCCCCUACCUCAGGGUUGAUCUAAGUGAUCCAGUAUGAGAAAUAAGUGAAAUUCUAUUUUUUACCAGGAUGUGUUUUAGGUUUAAGUCAGUUAAUUGCAGUUUGUCUGUCAUACAAGUUACCGAUAGAUAAGAAAGUUAACCGGGGUGGCAGUUAUUGCAAUCUUAUAGCAUAUACUUACACGUAUUACACAAAAUAAAGUUUGGCGGUUAUUUUUUUUUUCUGUAACCUCAAACAGCCAUAUUGCCAUACUCGCUGAUCCAAGUGGCAAAAUAUUUCUGCAUACUAGAAAGUGAUCCUGUUGAAAUAGCCUUUUUAAAGUUCUAAGUUAACAACGAUGUAAGUUUUUGACAAUUCUUUAAUACUGACAACUUCAAAACGUGGCCGAAAUGCUUGAUAUGUCAUUUUAUCAAAUUUGAUUUAAAGGGGGCUUCAUAAAUCUGUUUUGAAUACAUUUUGCUGUUUUCUUAGUUGUUAUGAUUAAUCAGAAUGUUUUUUUUUCUCAUUUCAUUAUCUCAGAAUUUUUGACAGCAUCGUUUCUACAUCAAUUUGUACAUGUUUUUCAUUGGUUCCAUUGAUUGAUAUCAUUAAAUGAAUACGUUAAUAUAUGUUUUUUCAUGUUUGUGAAGAGAAUAAAAAAUAAUAAAUUAUAAUAUAUUUCUGA